GAGAACAAGCUGAAGGCUUUUAAGUUCGAAAGAAUGGCAAUUGAGGCUCCUGGAGCCAAAUCCGCAAACGAAACUAGCCAUCGUCGAGUUCUGCGCACGCAUGACCAAUUCUCGGACGCUGGUUAAGUAUGUCUAAGAAGAACAUUGUUGCAGCUACAAGCACGAUUCCCCAAGGUGACCAAGGAGGCAAUGACUUGUGUUUUACUGGAUCCGCGUACCAAGUCCAGCGCCAAAAUAAUCGCCGCGGUAGGCGAUGUUCCGCGCAAGGAGGAGAAAGCAAUCUACAAAAACGGUAUCGAUUUAUUACGCGAAGAGCACAGACAAGUAUUUGCACAGUUGGCCAAAAGCGGAAAGAUCGCGCUCUCUCAGUCGUCACAGUCUAGUUUGCUUAGCCAAGGGUCCACCUCCCCCUUUUCGUCACCAGCUUCAACUGGUUGGGACGACGAAGACGAACACCUCCUAGGAGCUCCAAUCCGGACGAGCAAGACACGUGAAGAAGUGAAGGAGACUGAACUCAAUGCUAGGGCUGAUGCUGUGAUGAAGGAGUGGUUAAAUUUUGAAACCGGAGUGGCUAGAAGUUGCUCAGAAGCAGAAUCCUGA